AUGUCAGACGAAAGGAGAGCAUUAUAUUCAUUGAUGAGAAGCAAUGUUACUGAAGAAAUGAUAAUAUUUCUUACAGAAUGCACAUCACAAGUAAUUAAAACAGUGACAGAUAUAAAAUAUCCAAGUCCACCAAAUUCUCCAAAUACUUUCAAAAACAGUGGAUCUGAAUUACCAAGUUUAUCUCAGUUUAUUAAAAGAUUAGUACAACAAACUAAUGUAUAUACGCCGACUUUAUUAACUACAGCCACAUAUUUACGUCGUUUAAAAGCUGUAUUACCAAAGGACGCAACGGGCGUACCAUCAACUACACAUAGAAUGUUUUUAGCAUGCUUAAUAUUAAGUGCUAAAAACCAUAAUGAUUCAUCACCAUUAAAUAAACAUUGGACAAAAUAUACAAAUGGAUUAUUUACAUUAGAAGAUGUUAACUUAAUGGAAAGACAAUUAUUACAAUUAUUAAAUUGGAACAUGGUAGUAAAAGAGGAUGAAUUAAUUGAAUCUUUACAAAUUUUAAUUACUCCAAUAAUUGUUAAACAACAACAGACAUUACGUAUGAAAUCUUCUUCACCAAUAGAAAACGCACAAAAAUCUAAUAUAUAUAAAUUACCAAGAAACGAAUCUUAUUCAUCAGAAAUCAGUAGUUCCAGUACAUUGAUUGGCAGCCAAACAGAUUUAAGAAGACUCAAACAACAAAGAGCUAUCCCAGAGGGAUCUCGUUGGAACCUGGAACAAGUAAUGAGCAGGUACGGUUUCUAA